AUGGCGAAGGCACCUUCCGCGAAAAAGGCUGUGUCCAGCACGAAUGGCGCCUCGGGCUCCAGCACGACCUCUGCCCUUGAGCAGGUUCAGGCGCUUCAGUCAGCAUUGCUGUCCUCUUCCGACCUCAACCCUCUCUCCGACCUCCUCACGCUGUCCAAGAAGCUCGUCAGAGUGGGGUCAGACCGCUCGUCAAAGGAGAAGAAGGAUGCAGCUGUCGCACUUCACCGCGCAGCUCUCGUGCUCGUCAGGGCGAUGAAGUCGCUCAGCAGCGAGAACAGGAUCCCUUUCGACAAGGACGUUGACCAGGACGGAUACAUCCUGUCCUACGGUGCCAAGGCUGGCAACAAAGUCGACAACGGAACGUCGGCGAAGGCAAAGGAAGCUCAGAACAAGGUGGAAGACUGGAUCAGGAUGCGCUGGAACGAGACGAUCGAACUGCUCUGUGGCCUGCUCGGUCACGAGGUCGAGGGUCUUCGUCUCGAGGCUUUGCAGAUGUUGUUCGAGCUGCAGACUGCUGCGUCGUCUUCUCUAUCACGAAUCACGGCUGCUGCCUCUGCUGCCAGGGAUCAAGCAAGAGCAGCGUCCAGCAGCAGCAAGAAGGACGCAGCCCCGUCGGAAUCGCUGCCAAUCACCGCCUUGUGGUCGCUUUCGCCUUGGCGUGCGCUCACACUUGCUCUGAUCGCAGGCCCGCCCAGCCUCUCGAAGCUCGGGUCUGGAGAAGCAGGCACGAGGCACAAGGUCGUGCGUGUCGACUCUGGCAUCCACGAAGACGUUCGAAGCAAGUUCCUAGAAAAUGGGCUCGAAGAGUACGACGAUGUCCGUUUCGCCACUUUGCGAGAGAUCAGCCUGGCUCUGCGCAAGCCUUCGCCUAGCAUCGCCGGCAACACUCAGCUUCGAGCGCACACCUUGGCGCUUCUCAUCCGGCUUACUGCUAUCCCGACAAGUGCAGGCGAUCUCAACAACUUCUUGGUCGAUGAGCUUUCCAAGUCCCCAUCAGGCGGUAUCGGCAGCAAAAAGAAGAAGAAGAGCAAGGCUGCAGGUGGCAUCACCAACGGGAAGAAAGUGGUCGAUGACGGAGACUCGGAAGCGGAAGAGGAGGACGAAGACGACAUGGCCGGAUGGUUCUCCGACUCAGGUGAUGAGGGCGAGGUUCGGGCAGGCGCCACCUCAGAUGAGCAGCGACGAGCGGCAGAGAAGAAGUCCGUCGGCGGGCUCGGAUCGGCUGCUCGAUCGGCGAGCGCGAGCAAACGCAGACAAAGGACGUUCCACGAAGCUCUGCAUCACAUUGGGGCGCAGCGGUCCGCUUUCUCGACUGCUUGGCUCGACCUCCUUCUGCCACGUCGUCAGACUGAGGAGUCAGCUGCUGCUGCUGGCGUCCCGAAGGGCUCGCUGGUCGGUGGCGAGCUCAGCCUGGCUGCCACGCACGAAGUCCUUGUCCGCUUGCACGCCCAGAUCCUCCCUCACUUGACCAAGCCUUCCAUGCUGCACGACUUCCUCGUCUCGUGUCUCGACUCACGCGGCGCCACCGCCCUCCUCGCGCUCAACGCCAUCUUCACUCUCGUCACCAAGCACAACCUCGACUACCCGCAGUUCUACACUCGACUCUACGCCAUGCUCGACGCGUCCGUCCUGCACAUGAAGUACCGAGCGCGGUUCUUGCGACUGCUCGAGACGUUCCUCUCCUCGACGCAUUUGUCGUCUACCUUGGUAGCGAGUUUCGCCAAGCGACUGUCGCGACUCAGUCUUCGCGCGCCGCCGGCUGCGAUCGCGUCGGUGGUGCCGUUCGUCUACAACCUCCUGAAGCGACAUCCUCGAUGCAUGUCGAUGGUGCAUAGGGAAUGGGAUGGCGAUCGACUCAAUAUUGGGCCCAGCGGUGUCGCCGAUCCGUUUGACGCAGACGAGACGGAUCCGCUCAAGACCAAUGCGCUGGAGAGCUCGCUCUGGGAGCUGGCUUCGUUCGGCGCCGCAGCCGUUGCAAAGGGCAACAGUGGAGGACCCGCCGUGGAUACCGACGACGUCGCACCUGGGGAAGCUCACUAUCUCGGCUCGGUGACGAGUCUGGCCAAGAUUCUGGCGGAACCGUUCACGCGCGAGCGAUACAGCCUCGAUGACUUCCUCGAUAUCACGUACGGGACGCUGUUCGAGACGGAGACGAAGAAGACGCUCCGGUCUGCGGAGGGGCGACAGCGCUUCGCCCCAGCGCUGGCGUACAGCCUGCCCGGCGGCUUCGGCGCUGGCGGCUCGAGCGACAGCACCGCCGCGAACCGCGUUGACAUCUUCCCCUCCGAAUCAGGGCGCGUGCGCGCACAGCAGAGCCUCCGCGCGGCCGAACAGGAGGAGGAGGCCGAGGUGGAAAGGGAGCGCGAGGAGCGCAAACGCAAGCUCGGACUGACCGAUGGCGAGGAGGAUGAGGAUGAGGACGAGAAGGAGGCAAGAGAGGCGAUCGAGGAGCUGAAGAGGGAGGAGAGGGCAAAGAAGAGGAAGGUCGAUCAGACGGGUACGCAUGAUGUUUGCGCUCGGUUGUUCAGCUUUGCUUGA